CCUAAAAGGGGCCUGUCCGAUGCCUCCUCUUACAGAGCUGCUGCUGCUCGCUGCUUGAUGAUGGCGGCCAGUAUUUAAAAAAAAAUAGCAGCAAAAUUAUUCAUCGGCUUCUUUUUUCCCUCUUGUGCCUGUGUGUGAGUGCGCGCGCGUGUGUGCGUGUCUGGGCGCGCGUGUUAGAGCGAGUGUGUGAGCGGGCGAAAGGGCGAGUGUGUGCGUGUGUGUUGUGUGUGCAAUUGUUACACGCUUUUUCCUCGCUCCAGCUUUUACCCCAGCAGCGCGAUUCCCCUGUUUCUCCUGCUGCUGCUGCUGUUGCUGCUGCUCCCUCUGCUCAGUAGCACGGGCUGCAGAGGGGAGCUGCUGCCUAGACAAUAUUUUGCUGCUUGUUUUGUCUCUGAAUUUGACAAGGACGCAGGGAAUCCGCUGCUAAAUAAUGUUUCUGUACGAUGAGCUUCCCCAUUACGGCGGGAUGGACGGAGUAGGGGUGCCGGCUUCCAUGUACGGAGACCCUCACGCUCCACGGCCGAUUCCCCCGGUUCACCACCUGAACCACGGGCCGCCGCUCCACGCCACUCAGCACUACGGAGCCCACGCCCCGCACCCCAAUGUCAUGCCCGCCAGCAUGGGAUCCGCUGUCAAUGACGCCCUGAAGCGGGACAAGGACGCAAUCUAUGGGCACCCGUUGUUUCCUCUGUUAGCUCUGGUCUUUGAGAAGUGCGAGCUGGCGACCUGCACUCCCCGGGAACCCGGAGUGGCCGGCGGAGACGUCUGCUCCUCCGACUCCUUCAACGAGGACAUCGCAGUCUUUGCAAAACAGGUUCGCGCUGAAAAGCCACUUUUUUCCUCAAAUCCAGAGUUGGACAAUUUGAUGAUACAAGCAAUUCAAGUACUAAGGUUUCAUCUUUUGGAAUUAGAAAAGGUCCAUGAGCUGUGCGAUAACUUUUGCCACCGGUACAUUAGCUGUUUGAAAGGGAAAAUGCCCAUUGACUUAGUUAUUGAUGAGAGAGACGGCAGCUCCAAAUCUGACCAUGAAGAGCUCUCAGGAUCUUCCACAAAUCUAGCUGACCAUAACCCUUCAUCUUGGAGAGACCAUGAUGAUGCAACCUCAACACACUCAGCCGGCACCCCAGGGCCCUCCAGUGGAGGCCAUGCUUCCCAGAGUGGAGACAACAGCAGUGAGCAAGGGGAUGGUUUAGACAACAGUGUAGCUUCACCUGGUACAGGUGAUGAUGAUGACCCAGACAAGGACAAAAAACGUCAGAAGAAAAGGGGCAUCUUCCCUAAAGUAGCAACAAAUAUCAUGAGAGCAUGGCUCUUCCAGCAUCUCACACAUCCAUAUCCUUCAGAGGAGCAGAAGAAACAGUUAGCCCAGGACACAGGACUUACAAUUCUACAAGUAAACAACUGGUUUAUUAAUGCCAGAAGAAGAAUAGUACAGCCUAUGAUUGACCAGUCAAAUCGAGCAGGUUUUCUUCUUGAUCCUUCAGUGAGCCAAGGAGCAGCAUAUAGUCCAGAGGGUCAACCAAUGGGAAGCUUUGUGUUGGACGGUCAACAACACAUGGGAAUCCGGCCUGCAGGUUUGCAAAGCAUGCCAGGGGACUACGUUUCUCAGGGUGGUCCUAUGGGUAUGAGUAUGGCACAGCCAAGUUACAAUCCUUCCCAGAUGACCCCACACCCUACUCAAUUAAGACAUGGACCCCCAAUGCAUUCAUAUUUGCCAAGCCACCCCCAUCACCCAGCCAUGAUGAUGCACGGAGGACCCCCUACCCACCCUGGAAUGACCAUGUCAGCACAGAGCCCCACAAUGUUAAAUUCUGUAGAUCCCAAUGUUGGUGGACAGGUUAUGGACAUUCAUGCCCAAUAGUAUAAGGGAACUCAAGGGAAAACAAACAAACACAGAAACUAUUUUAAGACUUUUGAACUUUGACCAGAUGUUGACACUUAAUAUGAAAUUCCAGACAGCUGUGAUUAUUUUUUACUUUUGUCAUUUUUCAUCAAGCAACAGAGGACCAAUGCAACAAGAACACAAAAAUGUGAAAUCAUGGGCUCACUGAAACAAUUCUGUCCAUGUAAAGAUCCUCUGGAAAAAGACUCCGAGAGUUAUAACUACUGUAGUAUAAACAUAGGAACUAAGUUAAACUUGUAUAUUUCUGUUGAUCACUCCGUUAUGUUGCCUCAAAUAGUUUUAGAAGAAAAAAAAUAUAUCCUUGUUUUCCACACUAUGUGUGUUGUUCCCAAAAGAAUGACUGUCUUGGUUCAUCUGUGAAUUCACUAUCCAGGAAAUAUUAUGGCAUAUAGUAAACCUUUUGGGCCAUUCAGGAAAGAGCUACCCUGGAGAUGAAUGAUGAAAGUUUUGCUGGACUUCAACUACCCAAUAUCCAGCUUCAAGAAUGUGUUUCCAUGCCCAGCUUUUGUUCCUUCAUAAAUGUGUCCUUUAGUUUCAAAACAGAUCUUUAUAGUUUGUGCUUCAUAAGCCAAUCCUUAUUAUUUUUUUUGGACUCUUCUUCAAAGAGCUUGCCGGUGAAGAUUUAAAGACAAAGCAGGAGCUUCUUCCAGUAGUUCUGAGCCUUGGCUUUGGACAAAACAAACUUAAGUUGGGCAGCUUUCCUCAACAACAAAAAAAGUUAUUAAUGGUCUUUGUACCAAACCUAGAACUUUAUCAUAAACUCAAAGCUUGGGGAAAAAAAAAGAGCAAGAGAAUACUGUAACAAACUUCGUACAGAGUUCGGUCUAUUAAUUGUUUCAUGUUAGAUAUUCUAUGUGUUUACCUCAAUUGAAAAAAAAAAAAAGAAUGUUUUUGCUAGUAUCAGAUCUGCUGUGGAAUUGGUAUUGUAUGUCCAUGAAUUCUUUUUCUCAGCACGUGUUCCUCACUAGAAGAAAAUGCUGUUACCUUUAAGCUUUGUCAAAUUUACAUUAAAAUACUUGUAUGAGGACUGUGACGUUAUGUUUAAAAAAAAGGUGUUAAGUCACAAAAUGCGGUAAUAAAUAUUUCAUUUUUGAUUUUU